AUGCCACCUAAAUCAUCGAAAGCGGUUGUUGCUUCUGCUGGCUCAAGCUCUGGGCCCGACAGAAGCAUCCGUAUGUUGCAUGACUUGAUAGGUAGGGCGUGGUCGAAUUUUACGAUACUUUCAAAAGCUUCCCCGGAACUCAAGCCAGUUUGUGACCAGAUCCUAUCCAUGAUUGGUGCUCUACACACCAUAGACGAGCACAGAGAAAAGGGAGAGAUCUCUGAUGAAAACAAAAAAACGCUUCGGGACGUUGGCUUUUGGCUCAAUGGACUGUUUUCCGAUUUGGAAGCUGAAUUAGCAGACUUGAGAGAAGGUCAUAGCCACGAGGGCUUCGCUCCGAUCGCGGAGAAGCAAUUGGAUCCGAACAGCCAACUCCAGGCGUUCAACGAUCUCAUCAGGCGGGAUCGACAAUAUAAAAUAUGGAAUGCUCUUGAAGAAAUUCAUGGAGAUGAUCCGCCAGAGUCAUACACCUCGGUGGCAUCAAACUGGACUUUCUUAGAACUUCAGAUGCGCGGCUUUUCCAAGGACCUUCUUCAAGAAGAAUUUUUCUUCAUCAACGAUUGGUUUAAAGGCAGAAAAGACGACAGUCGCGAGGAGGGUACUAAUGUACCUCUCACCACCGAGGCAGACGUAGAGAAUGAUCUUCCGGAUUAUACGCCCGGAAGCCCACGAGACCCAAUCAAAGAAAAAAUGAGGGAUCUUGACUCAACGACACAGAAUAUGUCGUUCGGCGCGCCAUCUGGCGAAGCUGCAUUUAUCGCCAAAGCAGAUCCUCCGCCUUACACAUUUGAUGAAGGGACUGAAGAGUCGGUCGGUGAUGCAGAGUGGUCUCAUUACAUGCAGAAAGCGACUGAUUUGGAGAUGGAUAUCCGAAGGGCACAGAAAGAUAGCCACCAGGAGCUAGCUUCGAAUCCCCUGUCUUGGCUACCUCCAGCUCAGCAGGAGUUCUACAAGGGUUCAAAAGAAGUUGUUGACAUGAUGGACAAGGACUCCUUCACAGUUAUGGCAUAUGAAACUGCGCCUAGAUGUAUGGAGGCCGUUGAUCGGCUUACUCUACUAUUUAAUGUCUCGUUCGAUCGUAAGCUGGCAGACUCUGGCUGGGAAGUUGUUGACGAAGGUCUCCGAUCUUUGAAGGUCUUAGCAUCUGCGCUGUUGCAGUUCACGCAGUUGGAAAAUCAACAUAAAUCUCUGGUAGAAAGAUUCAGUGAUAUGGAUUUUCUGCAGUUCGAAUACACCACAGCAGUGACAAUGAACCCCGAUAUCCUGUUUCCUCAUCGAGAGUUUGAUAUGGUACAGAAGAGUUACUACAGACUUCUCACUUUUAUCAUGGGAUAUCUUGAGGCCAUGUCAGUAGUGUUCCCUGGCCGGACAUGUAUAGCUGCUUCAAAGGAUGUCCUGGAGUCUUCAUGGAAAGAGCUCAAGAUGGAUUCUCGCAUAGCUUGGGUAGAGAAGCAAUUAGCUAGUUGGAACGCAGUCGAUAAGGCAUUGCUAUAUUGUAGAGAAUGGCACAGACUGCAUUCAACACUCAGAGUUCAGGCUUUAGCGGUCUUGAAGCAGUGGGCUCAAUCGGAAAAGAUUCUCUCUGGCGCCGAGAGAUUCGAUGAAGUGGAAAUUACAGUAAUCGCUGCUGCUGCAUUAUCUCGCUCAAGUUUUAGGAUACCUACACCAUUUGCGAAGAUUGUCUACUAUGGUCCAAAUCGAUUCGGGGGAGCAAUGCGGAUCUCAGAACACAAGACUGAGGUUUCACAAAAGACGCAAAACCCAAUCUGGAACAAGACUUUUUCGUUAAAAAUACAGCCUAAUUCCAAGUUCAUUGAUAUCGAGGUAUUUGACAAAAUUGCUGGUAUGGACAAACAACUUGCCACCGUCAGAAUGGCAUUCUCCUUCAUUCCAGGAGUUGAAGCAAACCUACUGGACAGAAGUCUAGUGUAUGGCUAUGAUGAGGAAGUGGAAUUGCCGAUGACGGAAUUGGAUGGCAAAGGCAGGGAACGUGACCCUCCCGUCAUAAGAUUGCGGUUGAAGUGGCCCGGUCGAGUAGCCGUAUUAGAGGAGCAACGACUUCCUAUCCAACCUCCUGGCAAGAUGUUCAGAGCCGAAAUUGCCGGUAUUCCAUACACCCCAGAAGAAAGAGAGAAUGCAGUGUGUCGCAGUAGUGACAGGCACUUGGGACCACCUGGCAAACUUCUACGUCGUGAACGUGUUGUGACUGGGAGUGCUACUUAUAUGGCGGACAAGAGAAGCAAGAAUAUGCAACCCGCAGGUGACGGAACCUAUGUCCUAGGAGCACUGGUGAUAUCUCUUGAAAAACACAGGGAUCUUUAUGCUACCCUUAUGAUGUAUCUCCAUUGGCUUACCAUUAUCUCAGUUGUCCUCGGACAUGUAUCAGCUCAGAACUCGACUUACCAAAACCCAAUCCUGCCAGGAUUUCAUCCUGAUCCAAGCUGUAUCUUUGUCUCUGACUUCAACAAUACCUACUUUUGCGCCUCGUCUAGUUUCUUGGUGUUUCCAGGAGUACCAAUCCACACUUCAUCUGAUCUCAGAGAAUUCAAACUGAUCAGUAAUGCUCUCAACCGCCCAUCACAACUUCCCGGUCUCAACACUACCAAGCGAGCAACAAGUGGAAUAUGGGCACCUACAAUGCGGUACCGCAAUGGUACGUUUUAUGUAGUCACUACACAUGUAUAUGACGAUCUCCCAAAGAAUGCUACAAAUCGCUUCGACAAUCUUAUAUUCACAACCACCAACCCUUUCAAUGACUCGGCAUGGUCAGACCCAGUCCACUUCGGAUUUCAGGGCUAUGAUACUAGUCCAUUCUGGGAUGAUGAUGGUCAAGUCUAUAUUACUGGCACAUACGCAUGGGAAGUGCGUCCCGGCAUUCAGAUGUUUACUAUCGACCUCAAAACUGGAGCUAGUGGCCCAGUCCAUAACAUAUGGAACGGUACCGGUGCAUCUGCCCCGGAGGGUCCGCACAUCUAUAAAAAGGAUACCUUUUACUACCUCUUAAUUGCAGAAGGUGGUACUGGUUCAGGACAUAUGGUGACGAUGGCUCGUGCGAAGAACAUCAGCGGCCCUUACGAAUCUUACCAGCAAAAUCCGGUACUUACCAACGGGGGUGAGGGUUUUUUGUUCCAGAAUUUGGGUCAUGCGGACUUAUUUCAAGAUGAGCGACAUAAGUGGUGGGCCGUUGCUCUUAGCGUUAGGCAAGCACCUGAUGGAAGCUAUCCCAUGGGACGUGAAACGGUCAUGACGCCAGUGUCGUGGCCCACGAAUGAGUGGCCAGUUUUCGAUCAAGUAACCGGUGAUAUGGAGGGAUGGCAUUUAGAAUCUGAAGCCGUGGUUGAGGGUGGAGAAGGCAGUCUCGUUGAUUCGAACUUUCACAGCAAUUUCCAAGCUGGCUAUGAGCUUGGGCCAGAGUUUGUACACUGGAGAUUUCCCGUGGUUGGUAAUUAUGCAGUGAGCCCAAAGGGUCACAAUUACUCUCUGGAGUUGCAAAGUAGUUUUGCCAACCUCACCGGGCGCGAUGGGAGAUCUGCUGAGCCUCUAGGUCAAACGUUCAUUUCUCGGCGUCAGACUUAUUCGUAUUUCGAAUUCAAGGUCGAUAUUGAUAUUUCAGGGGUGAAAGGCGAGGAAUGGGAGACUAGUGUUAGUGUAUUCUUGGACCAGUUACAUCAUUACGACUUAGGGGUUGUAAUGAUUUAUCAAAACGCUACGGCUGCAACUCCCGCAGGUCUGUUUCCCUACUUCAGGGUCCGCGGCAUAACCACAGUUCCAGCCUUUGUAUCGCCAACUAUUGCACAAAUUCCGGUCCCGAAACGCUGGAGGACCAAGAGUUUGAGUUUUGGGAUUGAGGCGACGAGUCUUACGCACUACGCUAUGAGUGUUGCUCCUACUGGUGAGGAAAAGGAAAGAAUCAUUGUAGGAUAUGCAAAUGGUUUGGGUCUGACUUGGGGCUUUACUGGUGCAUUGUUGGGUGUCUAUGCUACUACUAAUGGGGCACAAGGAAACUUCUCUGCAAGCAAUCUGGUUGGUCACGUGCAAUACCCUUGGGAGACAAGGGGCUCUGAAGCUGUUAGCUGCCGCGCGAGAUGUCAUCUCGAACAUGAAUCCGCCAACAAACCCACCACCCCUCUCCAGAAUGUAUACAAGGUCAUGAACUCUCGAUCAUCUUCUAUACAUGUUCCCCGGCCUAGCUCUCUCAGACGCCCUUCAGUGACCUCUCGUUUAUCGUUCGCAAUAUCGAAUGCCGAGCAAGGCGAGGCUAAUGCUGCUGUAUCAAGUACGGAACACCAGAUUGUCGAGGAAAUUGACGAAAUCAAGCGUUAUGAAGACUUUACGACUAUAGACUGGGUACAGGACGCUGCCAAAGAACAAGCGCGAAGAAAAGUACAACGAAUAGAGACGGCAGGCUUUUUUGAACGAGGAGGACGUGCCGGAUGGCGAUUUCGAGUCUGGGAAUCAUAUGAAGCGGCGCAAGGAUGGAUAGUUCUUACUCUAAUUGGCGCGGCGAUUGGCAUCAACGCGGCGUUUUUGAAUAUAAUUACAGAAUGGCUUUCUGACAUAAAGCUGGGAUACUGUGAUACGGCGUUCUACCUUAAUGAGAACUUUUGUUGUUGGGGGGAAGACACAGGGUGUGAUAAUUGGCAUCGAUGGAGCUCCUUUGCGCCAGUCAAUUACUUUUUGUAUAUUAUGUUUGCUACUAUAUUCGCCCUUACCUCAGCGAGCCUAGUGAAGCUAUUUGCGCCUUAUGCCGCCGGCUCUGGAAUAUCCGAGAUCAAAUGUAUCAUUGCAGGCUUCGUGAUGAAGGGUUUUUUGGGUUUCUGGACGUUGGUCAUCAAAUCGGUGGCUCUCCCUCUAGCCAUUGCCUCUGGACUAUCUGUAGGAAAGGAAGGCCCAAGUGUGCAUUACGCUGUUUGUACAGGCAAUGUCAUAUCAAGGCUGUUUGAGAAAUACAAGCGGAACGCCGCCAAGACACGCGAGAUAUUGAGUGCAUGUGCAGCAGCAGGAGUAGCUGUCGCCUUUGGUAGCCCUAUCGGCGGUGUUCUUUUCUCGCUCGAGGAGAUGUCAUCUUACUUUCCUCUGAAGACAAUGUGGCGAAGCUAUUUUUGCGCGUUGGUUGCAACGGCAGUAUUGGCCUUGAUGAACCCCUUUCGCACCGGACAGCUUGUCAUGUUUCAAGUCCGAUAUGAUCGGUCAUGGCAUUUUUUCGAAGUUGUCUUUUACAUUAUUAUUGGUAUCUUUGGGGGACUUUAUGGUGCCUUUGUUAUCAAAUGGAACCUAAGAGCACAAGCAUUCCGAAAGAAGUACUUGACAAAGUAUGCCCUUCUCGAAGCCACAUUGCUAGCAACGGGAACAGCCAUCAUAUGCUAUCCCAACAUGUUCCUUAGAAUUGAUAUGACGGAAAGUAUGGAAAUAUUGUUUCUGGAAUGCGAGGGAGCCGAAGAUUACAACGGGAUUUGCGAACGGGAGAAUCGUUGGCGGAUGGUGCUCUCCUUGACUCUUGCUACUAUCAUUCGAACAUUUCUAGUCAUCAUCUCUUAUGGCUGCAAAGUGCCCGCGGGUAUUUUUGUGCCGUCCAUGGCAAUCGGCGCCUCCUUUGGCAGAACAAUCGGGAUCCUGGUCCAAGCACUUCAUGAUGCGUAUCCGACAUCUCAGUUCUUUGCGGCAUGCGAGCCAGACGUGCCAUGCAUUACUCCUGGCACAUACGCAUUUCUAGGCGCCGCUGCUUCGCUGAGUGGCAUCAUGCAUAUUACCGUUUCAGUCGUUGUUAUUAUGUUUGAGCUGACGGGAGCCCUCACAUAUAUUUUACCCACCAUGAUUGUGGUUGGCGUGACCAAAGCUGUGAGCGAGCUCUUUGGCAAGGGCGGUAUCGCUGACCGAAUGAUUUGGUUCAACGGCUUUCCGUUCUUGGACAACAAGGAAGAGCACACCUUUGGAGUUCCUGUGUCACAAGUCAUGACAAGCGACGUUAUGGCGUUACCUGCUACCGGCCUCACGAUGAAGAACGUAGAGCAGUUGCUUAAGGAAGAUAGAUACCAAGGGUUCCCUAUUAUCGAGAACGCAAGUUCAAAGGUGCUUGUUGGAUACAUUGGACGGACUGAGUUACGAUACGCCAUCGACCGACUGAAGAAGGACCGGUCUAUCAACCCAACCGCAAAGUGCCUUUUUGCUCCCCCUGCGUCGCUUAAUCCACAGACGCCGACAUCUCCAUAUCCUCCCACGACAUUCGAAGGCAUGGCUUCAGGCACCGUGGAUUUCAGUCGAUUUAUUGAUGCAACCCCUGUCACCGUCCACCCUCGUCUACCCUUGGAGACUGUCAUGGAACUGUUCCGCAAGAUUGGUCCCCGGGUGAUUCUGAUCGAAUACCACGGGAAACUUACAGGUCUUGUCACGGUUAAAGAUUGUCUGAAGUAUCAGUUCAAGGUUGAGGCCAGUGAGAAUCCUCGUGACGACGGACAUCUUGUUGAGAGCCAGGAACGAUUGUGGGGGGUGUUUAAGAAGAGUGCGCUUUGGGUGAGUGACCGCUUACAACAUGUUAGUCAGGGUCGGAUACGGAUUGGUGGGAGUUUUGAAGGACUCCCUCGCAGCCCAGCACGAGGAGGUCAUGCACCAUCCAGUCAUAUGAUGGAUGGAACUGAGGACGGCGAGGACGAUGGCGUAGAGCUAGAAGACCGUACUGCUUACUUCCAGCUUACGGCGUACUCGCAACACCAACCCAACCACUGCCCCACGGAGCAGUCGGACCUUGCAGCCAACCCACCUGGGUGCUAUCCUGGACGCUUAACCACUCGAUCUGGCGACAGCCGACCAUCUCGGAACCCCAACAUCGUCUGGUCUGUGACUGCACCGGCGCUGGCAGGGCUCUUGCAGGCUCCGAGGCUCGCCGCCAUUUAUCCGCGCUCCUUCGACUCCCCACGCCCCCGGGACAGCCCCGAACCCACCCCCCUGAACCCCGCCUCGACAGGCACUCGCAGGCACUCGCACGCCUGA